UUUUUAGGAUGGCGCAGAUCCUGAAGAGGUCGUUUUCAUUAAGCGCCGCGGUCCUCUCGGAACUUGUUAAGGUCCCGAUCCCGGUUCAUGGCGUAGAAGGACGCUAUGCAGCAGCUCUUUACUCCGCCGCACACAAAAAGAAGAGUCUCGAUAAAGUCGACAAGGAUCUCCAAAAACUCAGGGACGUGUAUAAACAAGAUAAGAAGUUCCAGGAGUUCGUCCUCGAUCCUACCCUCAGGGGAGUAAAGAAGAAGGAGCAAGUGCUAUCUGUUGCACAAAAGCUUGGACUUUCCAAGGAGUCUAUCAACUUUUUAGGAGUGCUAGCAGAGAAUGGUCGUUUAACGAAGCUGGAAGCAGUAUUCGACUCAUUUGAUCACAUCAUGCGCGCUCACCGAGGCGAGCUUUUCGUUCAGGUCAUAUCAGCUGAACCACUCACUAAGCAACACGAAUCCGCCCUUAACGAUGCUUUGCAUAAGAUGGCCAAGUCAGGACAAAAACUGAAUGUCUCCUAUACAGUGAAGCCUUCAAUCUUGGGUGGACUGAUAGUAAACAUAGGCGACAAGUACGUAGAUCUAUCGAUUGCUUCACGAGUCAAAAAGCUCAAGGAAACAUUGAUUGCGUCUGUAUAAUUAUGAUUGUUUAGGAGAGGAGAUAAAGUUGUAGAGAUAUAAUGUGUAGAAUGGUGCUUUCACUGAAAAUAAAAUGGCAGGGUUUUA